CUUUCGCUCAAUUUUAGAGGUGAAUCAUCUUGUUUCAAAACAAAUAUUUCACAUAGUUUGGCGUUUUAUUUCCUAGAUUACACAAUGCCAAGUUGUUUGUUUCAAAAGGAGAUUUCUAACCGAGGAUAACCUCACUAGAUGACGAACAUGUCUGAAUCAACUUCUCAUGAUCCUAUCGGUCGCUCAAGGACUGAAAUUAGCGUCGAAGUGACUAUGGCCACUCUUGUUUGCCUCUCAGCCAUGUUGGGGAACUUACUCGUUGUGUUUGUCAUCAAAAGAGACUCCAAGCUCCAUAAUGUCACCAACAUGUUCAUUCACAGUUUGGCAUUAACAGACAUUGCCAUGGCAACGAUGUACAUGCCAUUCUGGAUAGCGAGCCUAUAUACGGGAACUUGGAAUUUCAGCCAAGUAUGUUGUCAGGUGGCAGGAUCAAUUUUGCUCAUUCUGGCUUAUGCUUCCAUGUUAACGGUGGGAUUAAUAGCCCUAAAUCGAUACAUUCAAGUCGUAAAACCCAAUUUGUACAAAAAGUUAUUUCCCAGUAAAAGAGCAGCUAGGUUGUAUUGUGUUCUCGUUUGGCUGGUUGCCAUUCUUCUCGCUAUACCUUUUCUUGGCGGAUGGGUGGGGAUAACAUAUUAUACAAGAACUAGCAUUUGUAGUGUAGAGUCCAGUGUUUACAUAUUAUUGAUUGUGGGCGUAGUUAUAACCGGAAUCAUGAUCACAAUAUUUUACUGCUACUUCAAAAUCUACAAGGCCGUGAGAGAAAGCAAGGAUAUUUCAAAGGCACACGCUGAUGGAAACAGAGUCUGCCCAUCAAAUGAUUCCCGCCGUUCAGACAUCACCGACGUGAAAGUUUUAAAGGCGUGCUUUACUGUGGCUUGUUUCUAUGUUGUAACAUGGACUCCAAUUUCCAUUAUCGCCAUCACGUGGAAUGCAGGAUUUGACUUUGGACAGCAGCUCAGCACAGCAAGCACUUUCCUAAUGUUCUCGAGUAGUUUUGUUAAUCCCUUCAUCUACGGAAUUAUGAAUCCGCAGUUCAAACUAGCUUUCAAGAUGGCACUUAAAUGUGGCUGCUAUGGCAGGGGGAAUAAAAAUCAGAGUCAAACCGGAAAUAGUGUAAGACGCGUGGUUGUAACAGGAUUAGAGACUGCAUUAUAACUAACAUUACUUUCAUAAGGAACAUCACAUUUAUACAAUAAAACUGAUGAUCAGGAUUGUACGAUUACGAAAUGUUUGAAUACAAUUAAUUAUUCUACUUUAAUGUCGCCAAAGUAAAUGAUGUAUCGGAUGUUUGAAUUGUGAAUAGUACGUAAUAAA